AUGAAACCAAAUUUAUUAUUGGAAUACCAAUCUCAAAUAGCCUCCCCAAUCAUACAAACAUUUUCGAGAAUUCUAAGAGAGGAGAGAGAAAACGAGUAUGAUGAUGAUCAUGACGAUAAAGACGAUGAUUCUCCCACCCACAAAGCAAUAAUCAUAAUUAUAGCUUUGUGCAUAGGAUUAUUGAUAAUUGGAAUUCUUGCAUAUAUUAGUAGAUGUCUCUAUUUGAGAUGGAAACAAAAAAAAUAAGCGUAAGUUAGACAAUAAUCUGAAGUUGCUUAUUAAUAAUAAGUGGUUUAGAUAGAAUCUCUUUGCGUCUAAACGUAAGAACUGGCUUAAUGCCCAAUUUGUUUAAUGCCAAUCCCAUGUUACUUGAAGGUAGUAACACCUUGUAAUCACCCCUUCCAUAAGGCAUGUCUCAAUUUAUGGCUUCAAGUUGAAAAAAUUUGUCCUUCCUGCAGAGCAUCUCUAAAUUAAUGA